GUUGAAUUGCAAAGAGUCAAGAUGAGACUUUGUGUGUUGUUUGUCGUUCUUAUCACUACGGUGACUGCACGUUAUAUGACAAAUGAAGUUAAAUAUGCGGAUUCGGAUUUUAUGGUGAAACAAAAAGCAAUUUUUGAAAUUUUCGCAAACAUUUGGCAGCCAGAAAUUCACAAUUCGUAUUAUGAUGAAGCAAAGAAUUUCAAUUAUUUGACGAUCAAAGACAAAAUUACAAAUGAACAUGCCUUUGAAUGCUUUAGCAACUGUUAUGAAAAAGGUUUCAUUGGAAUGGAAGAUAUUUUCUCACCACUACAAAAAGAACAUAAUCAUCAAAUGCUUGCCGUCUUCAAAAUGUUGUACUAUGCAAAAGAUUGGGACGCAUUCUACAAUUUUAUGGUUUGGGCUCGCUUUAACAUAAAUCCCGGAAUGUUUAUUCAAGCUGUCACCAUGGCUGUACUUCAUCGUGAUGAUUUUGCUGGUUAUAUUUUACCAGCAAUUUACGAAAUAAGUCCAUAUUAUUUUUUCAACAGUUAUGUUAUUACAAAAGCACGCCGUAUCGAAAUGAUGGGAUACGAGAGCAUGGAGAAAGUCGGUAACGUUCAUACAUACACAAUUCCAAUGAAUUAUACGAAUUAUUAUAUUAAAACAAAUCCUGAAUCAAAAUUGGCCUAUUUUAUGGAAGACAUGGGUCUAAAUUCUUAUUAUUACUAUUGGAAUAUGGAUUAUUAUGGAUAUCUUGGAGGAGAUCAGUAUGAUUUGAAGAAGGAUAGACGUGGUGAAUUUUAUAUGUACCAAAUACGUCAAAUUCUCGCUCGAUAUUAUUUAGAACGGUUGUCAGUAGGGCUUGGUGAGAUUCCUGAAAUCAACUUUUGGUCAACAAUAAAUACUGGCUACACUUCAAACUUGAUGUUUUAUAAUGGCGUCAAUUUUCCAACUAGAACAAAUUAUUAUAUGAUGCAUCUUAACAGUGACAACUCUCGAUAUGUUGAUCAUUUAUUUGGACUUGAACGUCGUAUAUUCGAUGCAAUUGAUAGUGGAUACUUUUUGAAACCAAACGGUGAAAAAAUGAUGCUUGACAAACCAGAAAGUAUAGAGUAUUUAGGAAAUCUUAUUCAAAAUAAUAAGGAUACGAUGGGGAACACAUACUUUUACGGAUUGCUUGAAACUUUUGGUCGUAAGCUGCUUAGUGGUUCAUUCGAAAGCAUAGAAUCUUUUACCAGAAUUCCUGGUGUAAUGGAGCUAUUCGAAACAGCAAUGCGUGACCCAAUGUUUUACGUCUUCUAUAAGCGUAUUACAUUCUUCUAUGAAGCAUUUAUCAAUAAAAUGCCACGAUACAAGAAAUCUGAUUUAGUGUUUGACGGAGUCAAAUUCGAAAGCGUCGAAAUGGAUAAGUUGUUAACGUAUUUUGAUAUGUUUACUGCCGAUAUUACAAAUGCUGUUGAUGUUGCUUUGGAUACGCAAGACAAUAUUAAAUCUAAAGUUGAAUUUAAAGCUCAGGUUCCACGAUUGAAUCACGUGCCAUUUAAUGUUCACAUGAAACUUACCUCAAAUAAAGUACAAAAAGCAGUAAUAACGAUGUUUGUUGGACCAAAAUACGAUAGCUUUGGAAAGUAUAUAGAUUUUACGCAAAAUCGAAAUAAUUAUUGGGAAAUCGAUAGGUGGAUUGUUGACUUAAAAAAAGGUGCAAAUGUAAUUGACAGAAAAUCAACAGAAUUUUCUUGGUUUGUUAAAGAUAGAACAACUUAUUAUGAACUUUACAAAGGACUUAUGACAGCAAUAAAUGGAGGCGACAAAUUCCCAUUGGAUAUGUCCGAAGCACACUGCGGAUUUCCAUCUAGAUUAAUGUUACCAAGAGGACGCGUUGGUGGUCUUCCUGUUCAAUUCUUCUUUAUGGUUUAUCCAUAUCAUGCACCAUCUGUAGAACGCUUUACUGGAUUCGACCCGUCAGUCUCGUGUGGCGUUGGCAGUGGUGCUCGCUAUUUAGAUUCAAUGCCAUUCGGAUAUCCAUUUAAUCGACAGUUCGAAUAUCAUUUUAAACUGACAGAAAAUAUGAUUUUGCAUGAGACCUUCAUUCAUCAUAAGGCAAAUGAUGAAAUUAUGGUGCCAUACUAAGUUUUCAAAACAUAUUCAAAAAUAUUACACUUACAUAGAGUUUUGAUAUUUUUUUCACGUUCCAAAUUUUUCCGUAAAGCAAAAUACAAUAAAAAUAAAAAUUUCUGAUUUAA